GAGAGAGAGAGGGUUGAUUAGUAGGAAAUACCAAAGAAGUGACAGAAAUUGAAGCUGACAGCAGCAGACAGCAGGGUCAUGGAGCCACGGCAGAUUAGAGAGGGAUACUUGGUGAAAAAGGGUACACUGCUCAACUCCUGGAAGGCGGUGUGGGUAGUGCUGUCAGAAGAUGGGGUGGAAUUCUACAAAAAGAAAACAGACUCAUCUCCAAAAGGGAUGAUCCCGCUAAAGGGAGCCACGCUCAUCAGUCCUUGCCAGGAUUUUGGCAAGAGGAUGCUGGUUUUUAAGAUUACCACAGGCAAGAAGCAGGAUCACUUCUUCCAAGCUUCACAUGUGGAGGAGAGAGAAUUUUGGGUGAAGGACAUGAAGAGAGCCAUUACCUGCCUAGAGGGGGGGAAAAAGUUUGCCAGGAAGUCCACAAGACGCUCCAUUCGCCUGCCUGACAAAGUCAACCUGACGGAAUUGCACACACUGAUGAAAGACCAGGAUGAUGGAGUAAAAGAGUUAAAACUGGAGCAGGAGAAUCGAGUCUUCAACCACUGCUUCACAGGUGCGACAGUGGUAGAGUGGCUGAUUUCAAAGGAGAAAGCUAGGAAUACAGCUGAGGCCCUAAUGUUAGCGACAGGGCUGCUGAACGAGGGUUUUCUCCAGCCUGCUGGUGACUUGUCAAAAGAGGGAGCAGAGAGUGGAGAACAGUCUGUUUUCUUAGAUCAGACAACUGCUCUUUAUUACUUUGCAGACAGUGGGUUCUUCUGCGAAGGCUACUCCAGUGAUGAAGAUGUGCUUCUGAAGCAAGAGUUCAGAGGAAACAUUGUAAAACAGGGCUGUUUACUCAAACAGGGACAUAAGAGGAAAAACUGGAAGGUGCGAAAGUUCAUACUGAGAGACGACCCUGCCUAUGUGCAUUAUUAUGACCCUACAAAGGGGGAUGACCCUCUGGGCUCCAUUCAUCUCCGUGGGUCUGUCAUUACCGCCGUGGAACAUGUGCCUGAUGCAAAGAAAUAUGACAUUGAUGGCAACCUCUUUGAGAUCAUCACCUCAGAUGAGACUCACUACUUCCUCCAAGCUGCUACCACGGAAGAAAGAAAGGAGUGGAUCAAAGCAAUACAGGCAGUUUCAAAAAGUGGAAAAUAACAGAAGCAAGGAAGCCACAUUUUGGGUUGCGUUUAACAAUGCUUCAGCAAAGUUGAACUUUUAAACUAAAGUUAUGAUGUUUUUAGGUAUGUAGUGUAUUGUAAAUUAAAGAGAAACGGUUAGCCAUGUCUGGUUUCUUAUUUCCUUCUUGAUCACUUGUCUUUCAAAGCACACUCAGUUCCGGUGUACGAACUAAAACAAAAAAAUGUGACGGCUUCACACUUGACUGUCACUUUGUGGCCUGCUGCAUCCGGAAGUAAAGUGUAUCAGUGGCAAACACGACUGGCUUUAGCCACAGUAUGACAACAUUACAAAAAUAACUCAAGUUCCAAUAUAAAGUGAAUAUAAUUAAAGGAGUGCAAACAGUUUGUGACAACUUGGGGCUUAUUUUUCAGCCAUAGGGCCCUAUUGGCCUUGAAUCACUUUAGCAAAAUUGUCCUUUUUCUGAGAUGGUGCCCAUAGACACCCUCUCGCCUGCUCAGACAGCAGUUUUAUUUUCUCUCUGUCCACUCUUCAGAGCAGCUUGGGCAUCACAUCGAGGAAAGACACAGUGGUAUUGUUGUUAUGAAAAUGUUAAUGUCAAUUUGUGAUACUAAAACUUCUAAUGCUUGACUGAUUUAAACUAAUUUCAUUGAUUGCAUCAUAAUGGCAUCGAGAUGAUACAUGUAUGUGUGUGUUUAAGCAUAAGUUAAGCAUUAUUAUGUUUUUAGCUGUGGACUUUCCUAGUUUUAAGUUGUUAUGGCCAUUUGUGGCACAAUGAAGAUCAGACAAUCGAAUGAUCAAAUCAUUGUUGUAGAAAUGACUGGCAUUGAAACUAAAUACAUCAUGACAUGUGUGUGUGUUUUACAAUUUUACCACAGGAGGGCACUAUAUAUCAACCUAACCUUUGAGUGUUGCUUUGAAUGGUUACUAUACAUAGACGUGGUGUGGUGUAGAAAAUAUUUCCACUCACUGAGGUUAAUCAUACUAAAGCCUCAGAGAUUACUACAUGUCCUACUUAGUGAAACACAUCGACAAACACAUGCUUCUAAUCAAUGUAUUGGAAAAAUGGAAACGGAUACUGUUUUCUGUAAUUUCUGUAAAGUUGUAACUGUGAAGCAUUAAUGCCCUCAGCGUAGAGUUAAACAAACAUUUUACCCUUAAUGGAAAUGACAGUGUUUUAAUUAAAAUGUCCAACAUGAUAUGUGCAUUUCAUAUACAAGUAUGAAGAUACAAUACAGCUGAGAAUGUCUUAUAGCGAAGUGAAGAUGUAAACAAUAAAGUGUAUGUGAGGGAAGGUU